GGAAACUGCAGCGUGUCCAACGUUUCGUGUCUUUCAUAGACUUAAAAAUGCGUUACGUGGCCGCUUACCUAUUAGCUGUGCUGGGUGGCAACACCAGCCCCUCCGCCAAGGAUAUCAAGAACAUCCUGGGGAGUGUAGGAAUCGAGGCCGAAGACGAACGUCUCAAUAAGGUCAUUAGUGAAUUAAAUGGCAAGGACAUCAAUGAAGUCAUGAAUGCAGGCCUCGCCAAGUUAGCCUCCGUGCCAGCAGGUGGUGCUGUGGCAGUCUCUGCUGCUGCUCCUGGUGCUGGGGCUCCUGCAGCUGCAGCAGCACCUGCAGCGGAAGAGAAAAAGGAAGAGAAGAAAGAAGAAUCUGAAGAGUCUGAUGAAGACAUGGGCUUUGGUCUAUUUGAUUAAUCUUUCUUGUUUUCCUUUAAAAAUAAUAAAAAAUGGAAAAUUGGUCU